AUGGUCGCAAAUCUACGGCGUACCCGACGACGGACUCGAGGGGGCCAGUGGGUGUUGGAUCUGGCACUGGCGCUCUGUGUGCUCGCUGGCUGGUGUGCAGCCCACGCCGUCCGCAGUCAGACGAGAGACUAUGGUCGCCUCUCUUCAGACUCCAUAGCUGCCGUUGCCGCACUAUCGGAUCCAGCUGUGAUCCUCGAUACACGCAAUUCCAAAUCGCUGCUCUCACAGAUACUCAUUCCACGACCACCAGAUACGGACAACAGCCGCAAGGUGCGAGAGGCGAUCCUCGAUGUCUUUCGCAACCAGCUCGGGGCCAAGGACUCCUCCUCCUUCUCGUCCAUGGACUGGAAGACGCAGGGCAAGCUCGGGUGGCAUAUGGAGCUGCACACUUUCGCUGCUGAUACGCCCGAAGGGAAGAAGACGAUGACCAACUUGAUCCUGACCAAGAACCCUGCAGCGCCACGCAAGCUCGUCGUUUCGGCGCACUACGACUCCAAGUACUUCUCGGCGGCGUCUGGAAUGGCUGGCUUUGUAGGUGCGACAGAUAGCGCUGCGCCGUGUGCGAUGAUGGUGGAUCUGGCCGUAGCGUUGGAUGAUGCGUUGGAUGCGAGGGAGCGCAAGAUUCAUGCAGAGGAACAGUCCAAGCCGUCGAUAGCGCAGGAGACGACGUUGCAGCUCGUCUUCUUUGACGGAGAGGAAGCCUAUCGAGUCUGGACACAUACCGACUCCAUCUAUGGGUCAAGAGAGCUCGCACAACAUUGGACCAGCAGCUUCUGGGAUGCGACUCAGUUCGAUACGAGUCGAACAUCACAUGCUCCCAAGCUCACUGCGAGAAGGUAUCGAAGCACGUACGGCCCGAUACAGCAUAUGCACACGAUAGAGCAUUUGAUAUUGCUCGACUUGCUGGGUGCAGCCAACCCCAACGUGCCGUCCUACUAUGACAGCACCAAAUGGCUACAUCAGGCAAUGACGGAUGCAGAGAAACGGCUGAACGAGGCAAACGUGCUUUGGCCGUCCGGAGACACUUCACAUCGCAACACGCGCUCCUUCUUCUCGCAGCAGAAGCCUUGGGGAGGCAUAGAGGACGAUCACUUGCCAUUCUUGCAUGCUGGCGUGCCGAUCCUGCACGCGAUCCCAUCACCCUUCCCCUCGGUGUGGCAUAAAAUGUCGGACGAUGUCACCGCGCUGGACUAUCCGACGAUGCAUGCUUGGAGUAUGAUCUUGCGACUCACGGUGGCAGAGUAUCUGGAUCUCGAUAUCAAAAGUGUUGCGCAGAAGAGAGAGAACGCAACGCAGAGCGGUUUACUUGGUGAGUCAGAUACCCCGAGAACGAUCAAGGUCGAGCUGGUAAGUCGAGCUCGACCACGUGCGCCAUGA